CGGUAGGUUUAUCUAUUUGCAAAAAUAUUUGUAGAAAAGAUGAAUAAUCAAAUAAAUGAAAAAAAUCAAUGGCAUUUUAAGAAUGAAUUAUUUGACCACGAUGAAGUAUAGGCCGGCACUUUUAUAUGGAACCAACUACCCACCCACCUACCAUCUUGGGCUGGAAUGCUGGAUUGGGCUGGGCUUUAAAAGGAAGAAGAGGAAGGAAGGAAGAAGAAGAGGGAGGAAGGAAGAAGAAGAAGAGUAGAGUAGAGAAGCCAAGCCAAGCCAAGGGUACCGAACCGACGACAUGGCGCCGCCGUCCCGGUUGCUUCCGGCGACCUUGCAGAUUCUCCGCCGCCGCUGCGCCUCCCGCUUCUCCACCGCCUCCUCCAUUGUCUCCCCGCCGUCCAAGGCCGUUCUCUACGACGAGCACGGCGCCCCCGACCAGGUGCUCCGGGUGGCGGACGUGCCGCCCGUCCACCUCGGCGACCGCGACGUCUGCGUCCGGAUGCUGGCCGCCCCCAUCAACCCCUCCGACAUCAACCGCAUCGAGGGCGUCUACCCCAUCAGGCCGCCGCUCCCAGGCGCCGUCGGGGGUUGCGAGGGGGUGGGGCAGGUCCACGCCCUCGGCCCCGCCGUCACCGCCCCGCUCUCCCCAGGCGAUUGGGUCAUUCCAUCCCCGUCCUCAUUCGGGACAUGGCAGACGUACAUCGUCAAGAACGAGAGCAUGUGGCACAAGGUCCGCAGCGACGUGCCCAUGGAAUACGCGGCCACCGUCACCGUCAACCCCUUGACCGCGCUCAGGAUGCUCCGAGACUUUGUGCAACUCAAUCCUGGUGAUGCCAUUGUCCAGAAUGGCGCUACCAGCAUUGUCGGCCAGUGCGUGAUUCAGCUCGCCAAGGUACAUGGAAUUCACACCAUCAACAUUAUAAGGGACAGGCCUGGCUCAGAGGAAGCAAAAGGUAAGCUCAAACAACUUGGCGCAGAUGAGGUGUUCACGGAAUCUCAGCUAGACAUGAAGAAUCUCAAGAGCCUGCUGGGUGCUUUGCCGGAACCUGCAUUAGGAUUUAACUGUGUCGGAGGAAAUGCUGCUUCUCUGGUACUCAAGUUUUUGAGGCAAGGAGGCACCAUGGUGACAUAUGGCGGAAUGUCCAAGCGACCUGUCACUGCUCCUACAUCAUAUUUCAUUUUUAAGGAUAUUUCCAUGCGAGGGUUCUGGCUACAGAAGUGGAUGAACUCAGAUAAGGCGGAGGAUUGCAGAACGAUGAUCGACUACCUCUUGGGCCUGGUGCACGAAGGCAAACUCAAAUACGAGAUGGAGUCGAUUCCAUUCAGUGAGUUCAGCUUGGCUCUGGAGAAGGCCCUGGGCAAACAUGGAAGCCAGCCAAAGCAAGUUGUGAGGUUCUGAGAUGAAAGAUGAGUGUUGUCAAGUGUUUUAGGCAGAGCGACUUGGAGUUGUAUGUACUCUGGACACAGCAGCUUAGCUAGAUUUCUGUGCGAUCGAGUUCAUCUUGCAAUGAAAUACCAGUUGUACACCCAGGUUGAUGUCACAAUCUAACCGGACGAGUUUGUUUUAUUUUUCUUUCCUUUUCAUUUUCUUGUAUCUUUCCAGUCUGGAACGUAUCUUUUUUAAUAUAAUCGGCAGGAGAGAACUUAUCUUUUUUAAUAUAA